AUGGCUUCACAAGGCCUCCAGGUCACAGGUAUGAUGCUGGCCUUUGGUGGCUGGAUGUGCGCCAUUGUCUCCUGCGCUCUGCCCAUGUGGAGAGUCACCGCUUUCAUUGGGGCAAACAUCGUCACGGCUCAGGAGACCUGGGAAGGCAUUUGGAUAAUCUGUGUGGUCCAGAGCUCAGGCCAGAGUCAGUGUGAUGACUAUGACUCCAUGCUAGAUCUCAGCCCGGAUCUUCAGGCUGCCAGGGCCCUGAUGGUUAUCUCCACUGUGGCGGGUACCCUGGGUAUCUUGCUUUUUGUAGCCGGAGGGCAGUGCACCAACUGUGUGGAGAAUGAGACAUCCAAGGCAAAGAUGUACAUUACAGCUGGGAUUUUUUUCAUCAUAGCUGGGGUCCUCUGCCUCGUCCCUAUUUGCUGGACGGCCAACACCAUCAUCCAAGAUUUCUACAACCCACUGGUGUUAAAUGCCCAGAAAAGAGAAUUGGGUUCUGCACUCUUUGUUGGCUGGGCGGCAGCUGCUUUGUUGAUAAUCGGAGGAGGGAUGCUCUGUGCCCACUGCCCAUCUAAUGAUGACAACUACAUUGCCAGGUACUCAGCUCCUAGAUUUAACGCCGUAGCACCAGCAUUUGGAAAAACCUUUGUCUGAAACAGAAAUCAUGGAAUAGCUUCUACAAAGCACUGUUUACUGGGACAGAUGCCCUGGUGCUGCUGGGUUGUGAGUGAUUCAAGAUGUUACCUGAGCAAAACGUGCACCUGUGUGUUGCUCCUCAUGGGAGUUGUAAUGGGAAAGUGACCA